AUGACCGUCGAGGAAAACAACCAAUACUCGGUCAUCGUCCAGAAACUCCCCAUCGAUAUCCUCCAACAAGACGUCGCCCUGGAUAUGCAACAUCAUCAUCACCAUGAAAGGCCAUUCAACGUCAACCUGAAAACCUUCUCCCAAGAGAGAAUCAUGUCUUCUUCCCUUGAAAAUAACGGUUGGGCCUCUCCCAGGUCACCUGCCGAGAAAAAGUCCGACGAAAAACGGUCGGAGGAGAGGUCCCAAAGAGAUGAAAUUCCAAUUCUAGCCACCACUCCCGCCUCCCCUAAUGGCACAAACACCUCCAGAACUCUCGUCGCCGGAAACGAUUCUUCCUUUUCCAAUCAAUCUACAACUUCGAAUACUUCUCCGAAACGUCAUUCUUCCCCCAUGGCCCUCGACCACUCCCCUAACGGGCCCCUUAAACACCGCCACACUCUCCAAGUCCCCAAGGCUUCGUCUUCGUCCUCUUCCUCGUCGAGGCAUCAUCACAACCAUCCCGUUCAUACCAGCGCUGGAAUCCUAGCCACUACCAGUCAAUCCGACGACAUUCUCCACAACAGGGACCAAAUCUCUCCGAUCCACCAUUCGUCGACCCCUCGUCGCGCGUCUAUUUCUCUAGGAAGACGUCAAACCAGAUCGGUCCACUCCGACGUUCAUCUCGACGAAAUUCCCCAAGAUGAAGACUCCGCUAAAUGGACCGAAGCGAUUCGCGCGAAACGUGCUAGCAAGCGAAAGAAGAAGGAGGAAGAAGUCGAAGAUGAGGUCCUCGUUGGUACCAAAGUCGACAUUAAUCAUUCAAACUACGUGACCAUGUACAACAUGCUCACUGGUAUCCGUUUUGUCGUCUCGAGAUGUAAUGCCAAAGUAGACCGUCCGUUAACGGAUGCCGACUUUGACGCUGCCCAUAAAUUCUCUUUUGAUAUGUAA